AAAGGUCAGUAUGAACUUGCUCCAGUUCCAAUAUAAAUAUGGCCCAGACGAUCCCGAACUGCAUCAUUGUUCGAAUUGCAGCUCUCAUCGCAGAACCACCACCGUGUAACGCUACUACCAUCAAUUACCCUUCGGAAACUGCACUGAAUUCUUGCGCAGAAACGUUCAGAAUGUCCUUGAAGCUCAUCGCAGUGGUGAUUGCUACCUUCUGCUGGAUGAUGGCGUUUUUCGCCGUGCAGACUCGUGCGGGGUCAGUUCUGGAGCAAAUACCGGCCAACCCCUCGUUCAGCUACAGUACCUUCAGCCGGCGAUAUCCAGUGCAGCGGCACGGGGUGGUGCAACCCGUGGUGACCUAUCAGAACCACGGUCAAGAAGCGGACGCCGGGUUGGCUUAUAAUUUGGUCAAGUCUCGUGGCUUGAGAAAUUUGGAGAGCCAAUUUGAUGGACAUUUUACGUUUUAGGUUAAGAAGUUCCAAAGAGUUUUAAUAGUAAGAGUAAUACAAAUAAAAUUAAAAAGUGUUUAA